CCCCGCCCCCGGCAGGCUCCGAUUGGCGCCGUGUUGCCCGUGGCGCUGGGAUUGGCCAGCAGGCGCUCUGGCGAGGAGUGAAGCGGCCGAGCGGCGGGGGCGGUGCAGCAGACGCCGGGUGGUCGGUAACGCGGUGGGCUCGCCGUCAUGACUGAGGCCGCGUUUCAGAAGGCCGCCGAGGAGGUGAAGCAGCUCAAGUCCCAGCCUACGGACCAGGAGAUGCUCGACGUCUACAGUCACUACAAACAGGCCACGGUGGGCGACGUGAACACGGACCGCCCUGGUAUGCUGGACUUCAAAGGCAAAGCAAAGUGGGAUGCCUGGAAUGCAUUGAAAGGAAUGUCCAAAGAAGACGCAAUGAAAGCUUACAUAGCGAAAGUGGAAGAACUAAAGGGCAAAUAUGGCAUCUGAGGACUGGAUACAGCAGCCACUUGCACACCUGAAACAUGCCUUAUUUCUAAUACUGUGGAAAACUGGUUUCUGCAAAUAAUUUUAAAAACCUGUAUAUUACAGUCAGUUUUCCUCAUGCCUGUAGUUCUGAGGAAGUUGUGUACCUGCCUAAUGUACUGACACGUUAUAAAUUUCUUCUGGGAACAAAAUCUGGAACUCAUUAAAGUGCAUUUGGUACUUUA